GCAGGGGUCGUAGUUCUGCGCACUCCGCUUCGUGAACCGGAACAGCAAACGGAUUUCACCUUGGCUGGAUAUCGGCGUGAAAAGGCGCACGUUUGGGUUUAUCUUGAAAUUUUGACGUUCAAAUGAAAGAUAAAUGUCUGCGUAGCAGCUCGGCCCGCCUAGCUCUUCUUCCCAGAGUGAGGAAACAUGAAGCAAGACGUCAGGAUACUUUUACUGGGGGAACCCAAGGUGGGGAAGACGUCCCUCAUCAUGUCUCUGGUGGGAGAAGAGUUUCCAGAGCGGGUUCCGCCCAGAGCCGAGGAGAUCACCAUCCCGGCCGACGUGACGCCUGAGAAAGUUCCCACUCACAUCGUGGAUUACUCCGAAAAGGAACAAAGUGAUGAAGUUCUCAGAGAUGAAAUUGUCAAGGCCAACGUAGUUUGUGUGGUGUAUGAUGUCACCAACGAGGACACGAUAGAGAAGAUUAAAACCAGGUGGAUUCCUCUUGUCAACGGAGAUGCAGAGAAAGGAAACAAGGUUCCCAUCAUCCUGGUUGGGAACAAGUCCGACCUGCGCAGUGGGAGCUCCAUGGAAACCAUUCUUCCCAUUAUGAACCAGUUCUCUGAGAUCGAGACGUGUGUCGAGUGCUCUGCGAAGAACCUGAAGAACAUUUCUGAGCUGUUCUACUACGCCCAGAAGGCCGUUCUCCACCCCACCGCUCCGCUUUACGACCCCGAGGACAAACAGCUGAAGCCAGCUUGUGUUCGAGCUCUGAGCAGAAUAUUCUACAUUUCCGACCAGGACAACGAUCGCAUCCUGAGCGACGCCGAGCUCAACAGCUUCCAGAAGUCGUGUUUUGGGAAUCCUCUGGCUCCUCAGGCUCUGGAGGAUGUGAAGACUGUGGUGUGGAAGAACACCAGCGACGGGGUUCAAGACAACGGCCUGACCCUGAACGGUUUUCUGUUUCUAAACACUUUAUUCAUCCAAAGAGGCCGACAUGAAACCACCUGGACGAUCCUCAGGAAGUUUGGUUAUGACGACAACCUGGAGCUGACUGACAAUUACCUGUACCCCGAACUCAGAGUUUCUGUGGGCUGCAGCACAGAGAUCAACCAGUUGGGCCACCAGUUCCUCCAGCAGCUGUUCGAUAAAUACGACGAGGAUCAGGACUCCGCCCUGUCGCCCGCGGAGCUGAAGAACCUGUUCUGCGUUUGUCCCUACAUGCCGUGGGGCGCCGACGUCCUCCUGGCCGUGCCGACGACGGACCAGGGCUACAUCACCAACCAGGGCUACCACUGUCAGUGGAUGCUCUCUGCCUACCUGGACGUCCAUCGCUGCCUGGAGCACCUGGGUUACCUGGGAUACCCGAUCCUGACCGGGCAGGAGUCGCAGACCGCAGCCGUCACAGUGACUCGGGAGAAGGAUGUGGAUUUGGAAAAGCGUCAGACUCAGAGGUCGGCGUUUCUCUGCAAGGUGAUCGGCCCGCGCGGCACCGGGAAGACCGCCUUCCUCCAGGCGUUCGUGGGCCGCAGCGCUCUGAGUAAAGGAAGCUCCAGCAGUGCCUUCUCACCCUACGUCAUAAAUACAGUUCAGAUCGGCAACCAGGAGAAAUACCUGAUUCUGAACGAGGUGGACGUGGAAACGGAGUUCCUCAAGGCGUCGGACGCCGCCUGCGACGUUGCUUGUCUCAUGUACGAUGCCAGUGAUCCCCAUUCCUUCGACUACUGCGCCAGCAUCUACAAGCAGCAUUACAUGGACGGCAGCGUUCCGUGUGUUCUGGUCGCCUCCAAAGCGGACCUUCCUGAAGCCAAGCAGUUCCACGGCGUGACGCCUGCCGAGUUCUGCUACAAGCACCGCCUCCCGCCGCCGCUGCCGUUCUGCGGCCUGACGCUCGACGCCGCCAGCAGGAGCAUCUACAGCAGGCUGGCCUGGGCCGCCAUGCACCCCCACCUGAACGGGUCGGACCUGAGCAGCGCCUCCUUCUGGCUGCGGGUGGCUCUGGGCUCGGCCGUGGUCGCCGUUCUGGGUUUCGCCGUCUACAGAGCCGUGGUUCGGCUAAAAUGACCCGCCGAUUAUCUCCAUCCGUCACGACCAAACCCAGAGGCCGAACUGUUUUCCUUCUGUCCUGCUCUCUGCCUGACCUCUGACCUCUGCCGGAGGUUAUUCCCCCUGCUGCUGCCUUACGCUUCACCAGGCUACGUUGGAGCUAGCCUGAAGAGCAGCUUCUCUUCCUGAACACCAAGGUGCUUUCAUCAGGAAGACGUCCCGCCUCCUGCUGCCCCAUCAGGAGUUACAGAUCAUGUUCUGCAUGCAAGCAGAGCGUGCAAAAGAAAAGGAUGCCAAAUUAUUCAGAGUCAGAGCUGGACCUUCAGACCAGCUGCUUCAAAACGUCAUGAAAUCCUGAUAUGAUUGCCAAAUAACUGCUGGAACCUGGUUUUACCCUAAACAGGAAGAUUUAGCUUCACAAAUCAUUCACCGCGGUUUAAAUCCUCUGAUGGUGAGGUUGCUUCUGUUGCAUGAAGACAUUUGCUUUUAUUGAUGAAAUGGACUGUUUUGAUUUUAACAAUGUUUGCAGCAAAGUGUUAGGGAGGUAGAUAGAAAAAAUUAGUACAUUUCAGACAAAGAAAUUAGAAUUUUUCUAGAAAAUUUCCUCACAAGUCCCAUUUGAAAAUGAGAUAUGGAUCCAAAUGGGACUUUACUUACGGUAGUCAAAGGGAAGUAAAGUAAAAUUCUCACUUUGAAAAGUACACAAAAUUACCAAGAAAAAUAUUAAAUUUAUAAUUAAUCUCAGAACAAUUCUAGAGAAAAAACAAUUUUACUUCAAAAGUCAAAAUUUUGUGACUUUUGGAGUUUUCUAGCAAAUAUGUGUGUUUUCAAAUCAUAUGUUUAGAAAAUAAUCUCUAGAAAAAAGUGAAAAUUUCUGAAUUGGAAAAGGUGAAAAUUGCUGGAGAAAAUUCAAAAAUUUGAGAUCAAUCUCAGAAAUUUUGUAGAAAAAAAUUUAAAAGUUUAGUUUGAAAACUUGCAAAUUUGCUAGAAAAAAACUUUAAAAUUUUCAAGAAGAAUCAUAAAAACUUCCAAAAUAUCUGGGUAUUUUUUCUGGGAAGUUUCUGAAAUAAAUCUCAUUCCUGAAGUUUUGGCAUUUUGUUUUCCACUUUUCUAAGAGAUGUACUUCUUAAUUCUUUUUAUUGCAUCUACAAUGUCCCUAACACACCGCUGUGUCUGAAUGACUGAAGGAAAACAUGCUGGGAUUAUCUGCCUUGUUUUAAUGAGACUGAAGCUGGCCUGUGUUUUUCUGUUCCUCUGCGCCUGACUGACCCAGUUACAGAACCUGCUGCUGGUUCCUGUGGCCCAACACCAAUCAGUUUGUGAUUAAGCUGAGAGGUGGAUGGUUCUGCAGGAAACAUCUUUGUGACUUUUCAAAAACUUUUUUCUUACUGAAAGUGAACAGAUCCAGAUGCUUAAUAAAAGACCAGACCGGA